UGUCCCAUGCGUCUUUACCAUAACCUGCUAGCUACCCAGCCAGAUUGCUACAUGCCCAGUUUAAAGCAUGGACCUAUAGGGCGCUGUCCAAUUUAUUGUCACUAGCAUACUACAGAUCGUGUCGUUCCAGUAAUAUACAAGCAUGGCACCUAAAAAGAUGGCUCCGAAGAAGGCGGGUGAUGGACCAAAGCAGCCUCCUCUGAUUGGACGAUUUGGGACCUCUUUGAAGAUUGGAAUUGUUGGAUUGCCAAAUGUUGGGAAGUCAACCUUCUUUAACGUGCUCACCAAAAGCCAGGCCGCAGCCGAAAACUUCCCCUUCUGCACCAUCGACCCCAACGAGAGCCGCGUGCCUGUCCCCGAUGAGCGCUACGACUUCCUGUGCGAGUACCACAAGCCCGCCAGUAAAGUGCCUGCCUUCCUGAAUGUGGUGGACAUCGCAGGACUGGUAAAGGGGGCCCACGCAGGACAAGGGCUGGGGAACGCCUUCCUGUCCAAUUGUGGCAUCGCAGACGGAAUAUUCCACAUGACAAGGGCGUUUGAGGAUGAGGACAUCAUCCACGUGGAGGGGAACGUGGACCCCGUGAGGGACAUGGAGAUCAUCCACGAGGAGCUCCGGCUGAAGGACGAGGAGAUGAUCGGGCCCAUCAUCGACAAGCUGGAGAAGACCGCCGUCAGGGGCGGGGACAAGAAGCUCAAACCUGAAUACGACAUAAUGCUGAAAAUCAAGAGCUGGGUGAACGACGAAAAGAAGCACGUCCGCUACUUCCACGACUGGAACGACAAAGAGGUAUGGGGGGGGGGGGGGGCGGGCGGGGGGGGUUCGGACAGUUUUCGCAUCUGGCUCUCCUUGCAGUCGAAAUGGGUCUGGUUAUGGACACGAGUAACUCCCAGUAACAGAGAGAAGCUGGCAGAGUCGCACGCGGAGGAGUACAGCUUGUGUGCGCGCGCGGCUGGCCCAGAGGCGGGGCUGACCUGUGCUUCUGUCCGCAGGCUGGUGAAGAUUAAGGAGUGGGUGGACAGCCACGACCCCGGGGCGCUGGUGAUCCCCUUCAGCGGCGGGCUGGAGAGCAAGCUGCUGGACAUGAGCGAGGAGGAAAAGACCAAGUACUGCGAGGAGCACAAGACGCAGAGCGUGCUGACUAAGAUCAUCAAGAGCGGCUACGGAGCCCUGCAGCUGGAGUACUUCUUCACGGCGGGUCCGGAUGAGGUGCGCGCCUGGACCGUCAGGAAAGGCACGAAGGCUCCUCAGGCUGCUGGGAAGAUCCACACGGACUUUGAGAAGGGCUUCAUAAUGGCCGAAGUGAUGAAGUACAGUGAUUUUAAAGAGGAAGGCAGCGAGGGCGCCGUCAAGUCUGCUGGGAAAUACAGGCAGCAAGGCAGGAACUACACCGUGGAAGACGGAGACAUUAUCUUUUUCAAAUUCAACACGCCGAACCAACCCAAGAAGAAGUGAGCAGGCGCCAUCGCCCAGCCGAACAGAAUGAACUGAUGUGAGGGGCGGGGCAAAGUGCCCUUUUUUUCCCGCCGAAAUGACACGGGGACGCUUGAUUGGCACCUGCCAGGAACACCCACCCUUCCUCCUGCCCACCUUCACAUCUCUGUUUGGUGUUUGGUUUCAGUGUGGAAAAUACAGACCCCCCCCCCCCCUCCCCCCCAUUGCCCUGCUGCAUAUUCACAGGUCCACCAAAACACUGACUGCUUUGCUGUUUUAAGAUUAGGAUACCCCCCUCUAAAUCGGGAGUCUUUUGAAGAAGCACAUUGCUCUCCAGAUACUUCAUUAAUCUCCAUCAGCGGUGCCAGGUUUGACGCGCAGACGGCCGGGACAAUGGAGUCCGGCUGCCGGGCUGCGUCUCCUGAUAAUGCAUGCUUUACAGUAGCCCAGAUGUCCACGCUCAAUAAAACGUUUGCGAAAAAAGCAGCCUGUGUGUUCGGGGGGAGGGGGGGGUGUCUGCGUUGACCGGCGUGGGGCGUGCGCAGCGCGAUAUGGGGGGGCCUGCAGGGCGCUGAUUGUAGAAUGAGAAAAGCAGGACCGCCAGAGUGAGGGGGAGGGGGAGGGUGAGGGGGAGGGGGGGGGGUAAUAAAAGUUGAGUCUUCUGAUGAAUCAGAAACAGCCGGGGAUAUGAUCACACUCACAUGGACACACACACACCUAUGCGCACAAGAAUAUGGACACAAAGGCAUGCACACACAUGCACGUACGCACAUGCACAUACGCACUAACGUGUGCACACAUAGACACAUUUAUAUAUAUAUGUGUAUGUAUAUGUACAUGCAUACAUUUAUAUACACACACUCGCACAUGGUUAAAGGCGAUUGUAACUUUGAAAGUGAAGUUUGUUUAUUGGAAUGGUUAAUUAUGCUGCUUUUAUUUUGUAGCUAUUAUAGCUAUAAAAUAAGGUAUCAUAGGCUAUAAUGUCUUUUAAAACUCUUGCAAACUGUUUGAUUUAAUUUGGACCCUGCUUUAUAUCAAACACUUUAUCACAGUGUUCUUUAGACACGUCUGAUUAUGAUGGUGCAUCUCCCCUCAUAUUCUCCUGAUAACUGGAGUCAUUCAGUUAUUCGUGUGGAGUUGGCUCCCUUCUUUAAUACGAUUAACAUGGGUAUGCAAUGUGAGAUGAAUCUUUCUGUAGUCAACAACUGUUUGCGAAAGGCACUCUCUCGUUCUCAAAAUGGAAACGCUUUUGCUACUGGGUAGUUCAUCCUGUUAAGGCUCUGUUCUAGUGCAUGGAUGGGCCCCACAGUCUGGUAUCUGUCUAACUUACUGUUUUAGCAGUGGAUCUAUGGUCUGGUAUCUGUUAAACUCCUGAUCUAGUGCAUGGAUGGGCUCUAUGGUCUGGUGUCUGUUAAGGCACAGUUCUAGCGCAUGGGUGGGCUCCAUGGUCUGGUAUCUGUUAAGGCUCUGUUCUAGCACAUGGAUGGGGUCUAUGGUCUGGUAUCUGUUAAGGCUCUGUUCUAGCACAUGGACGGGGUCUAUGGUCUGGUAUCUGUUAAGGCUGGGAUAAGAGCAUCUUGUCACUAAGGCUUUCUUUUUGAAGCUCACUUCCUGCUCUUCUUGAGAGACAUUGCUCAGUAGCACCAGCGUGGUUAGUGCCAGUAUAGGUCUUUCAGCCUCCUGGUUCAGUGCAAGUCAAUGGUACCAGUGCAGUCAAAAUAUGAAGUCAGUUUUCCCCACAAGAACAUCUAGUAAUAGGUGUUUUUUCUUUGUCUAACGUCUCCACGUGCCAAUUAAUGUAGUCUGUCAUUUCGACAUUAUUUUUGUGCACCCUGUUCCCAUACUGUGCAGUCCCUGGCUGCAAUUUGUACAACAUGGUGGCACAAAAGUCAGUGGGCACAUCACAGUCACUCUCUCUCUCUUUAUUACAUUACAGGCAUUUAGCAGACGCUGUUAUCCAGAGCGACUUUUUACAACUUUUACAUAGCAUUUUACAUUGUAUCCAUUUAUACAGCUGGAUAUAUACUGAAGCAAUUACGGUUAAGUACCUUGCUCAAGGGUACAACGGCAGUGUCCUUACCCAGGAAUCGAACCUGCGACCUUUCGGUUACAAGCCCAGUUCCUUACCCACUGUGCUACACUCCGUCCAUCUUUAUGCCUAUGCUCAUUGCUCACUAGUCACUAGUAGUGGCCCCUGCUGGUAAAUCAAGGCCUGCUUCCUUCACCUAGUCUGAGUUGUGAUGUAAUACAUGGGGGAUGACAUCACAUGCUUCAGAGGAGAGUACAAGUACAUGCUUGCCUGUCUGUCCUGAACAGACAGUGCAGGUUGUGAUGAGCAUUGCAUUGAGGACCAUGAUUGGCUGUUCAGACUGGGGGAAAAAAGUGGGAGGAGCAUUCAAACAUGCAUGUGUGCAAAUACAGAGAACCUGAAAGCUAAUGACCCAGAAAAUAGCAGGUAAGGAAAAAGGCCAGAACAUGCAUUAAAAACAAUCCUGAAAGACAGCAUCAGUGUGUGAACAUUUACAGGGCAGCAAUGGUCUGUCAACAAGCAUGCGUACCCAGCUCAACUAACUGCUUCUAGUAGUGUUAGUGAAUAAUUGCAUCCAUCCAUGUGUCAAACAAAGCAUUAAAAUGUGUGCUUUAUUCUCUGCAAAAUAAAUAUAAAUAUAUAAA